CAUCCUCACGGAGUCCACCAUCACGAGCCGCAUGUCAACACUAACCGAAUCGACUCUAAGAGCUUGUUGCGGGCGCGAACAGGAUGCUGCGACUGGCCAGGGAAUCGGAAAGCCAUACGAGAUCUCGAGUCUCCUAAAAAUAUUGUGUUCGGUUCGCGCUGACAACAAUAUCAGACGAAUCCCACAAGAUGCUGCAAGAGCCUCAUGAGUUCCUUCUGGGUCCUCGUAAGAGCAGCAUAACGUUAACUCGCGGACGACAUUUUGGAUCCAAUCAAGCCGGAUUUAAAGGUCUGUUGUGGAGUCGAAGGAAUUCAAUACGAGCCCGCAUAUUGACCUUCGUUCUGCUGAGAACUAUGAAUAUGAGAAAAAGGGGUCAUCGUCGAUUUGUGGUGGCUUGCAACACGGCUUGAGGAGUGUGCUUGUGAACGCCCAACUAUGCAGUAUUUAUAUAGAGCACAGUCUCUCCCUCCAGUCAGAGAACAAUUCCAUCGUUAGAUUUGAUCAACUGACUGACCUUUGUCCUUCAUUCGUUAAACAAAAUCAAAUUUCGUCGUUCUUUUUUUUUAUAUCUUCAUCUCAAUAAAGAUACCCUUUUACUUCGCACUUCGCCCUUGAUUUCAUAUAUUCAACAAAAUGUCCGGCCCUGAAACAUCCAACAACUCUAACUGGGGAGACUCCCUUUGGGGCUGCUUCAACCCCAUAGAUACCUGCUUAAUGGGAUGGUGCUGCCCGUGCAUUCUCUUCGGCAAGACCCAGGCCCGUCUGGAAGAUCCCACUCUUGCGAAUUACAGCCCAAUCAAUGACAAUUGUCUUAUCUUCUGUGGCAUGAACUGCUUCGCAGUCGCAUGGCUCCUUCUUGUUAAGAGGCGCACCGAGCUGCGAGAGAAGUACGGCAUCACCCAAACCCAUCUGGAGAAGUUCCUGAAAUGGGAACCUGGCACCAUCAAGGCCAAGCACAACUAUGAAGAGUCCCUGGUCCAGGAUUGCCUCGCGUCCUUCUUCUGUCCUUGCUGUGUUAUCGUUCAGCAAGAGAAGGAAGUCCUCUCUCGACAGGCUGCUGGGCAGGCUGGUUAUCAGAAGACUCAGUCUAUGGCUUAUCCACCGGCCUAGAUGAUAAAGGAUGUCGGUGGGAAAGCUGAUACCACAGGUGGAAACGGGUGUUAUGAGAAAUAAGACUAUAUUAUGGUCAAACAAUUAAAUUCUAUGCGGUUAUUGGGGCUGGUUCGAUUUCAGCGAACGUCAUGAAUGCUUUGUCUAUCUCUUGCUCUUUUUCCUAGCAGAUUUCCUAUGUUGCCCAAUUUUCACUCUUGAAUAAUACCCUACUAAAAAUGAUCAUUUUAUUAUCCCUCCAACCAACGAGGUUAAUUUCCAUAUUCC